CAGCUCACCGAAGCAGCCUCGUCUUCGAGGAGCAGGCUCAGGAUUUCGUGGAGGAGCAGGAGGAUCCCCAUCGCCGCUGAGCCCUUCGCUUCCUAGCACAGCCACCUCCUUGGUCAAUAGCAUGAAUUUCAUAUUCAAGUCAAAGAGUAGGACACCUGCUGAGCUCGUCAAGAACAUCAGAGAUGCUAUUCGAAGGCUGGAAUCGAGCAGUGCUAGCCAGGAGGCACAGCGGAAGUGUAGCGAAGACGUAUCGAAGAACCUGUCUCAGAUGAAGGCUAUACUAUAUGGAGAUGGAGAGAAUGAGCCGCAAGCCGAGCAGGUGGCCCAGUUGGCACAAGAAGUCUACAACCAAGACGUCCUGCAGCUGCUUGUCCUCAAUAUCUGGCGGUUCGACUUCGAGGCAAAGAAAGACGUGGCUCAGAUCUUCAACAAUCUGCUCAGACGGCAGAUUGGGUCAAGAUGGCCUACCGUGGAAUAUCUGACCACUAAGCCGGAUGUCAUCUUCUCAACCCUCAAGGGGUAUGAGAACCAAGAUGUGGCUCUUAACACAGGGAUGAUCUUGAGAGAGAUGUUGCGGCACGAACCAUUGGCGAAGAUACUACUAUAUGCAGAGCGCUUUUACGCCUUCCCAGACUACAUUGAGAAGACUACCUUUGGUGUAUCCUGUGACGCCUUUGCCAACUUCAAGGAGACAUUGACGAAGCACAAGGCAAUGGUGGCCGAGUACCUCGAGAAGAAUUACGACCGCUUCUUCACAAUGUACGACGGUCUCCUCCAAUCGCCGAACUACGUCACCAAGCGGCAGUCAUUGAAGCUGUUGGGCGAGAUCCUGUUGGAUAGGACGAACUUCAAUGUCAUGACGCGGUACAUCUCGUCCGAAGAGAACCUCAAGUUGAUGAUGAAUCUUCUGCGUGACAAGAGCAAGAAUAUUCAAUUUGAGGCCUUUCACGUCUUCAAGGUCUUUGUCGCCAACCCCAAGAAGCCCGCGGUGAUAGAGAAUAUCCUUCGACGCAACCGCGAUCGUCUAGUGCAAUUCCUCAGCAAUUUCCACAAUGACAAGGACGAUGAGCAAUUUACAGAUGAGAAGAGCUACCUAAUCUCGCUCCUGCAGCAGCAGCCCGAUGCGAACAAGGUGGCAUGAGAUCGGGAGGUUAGAAGAGAUUGGGGCGGCUUGCCUUCUCCUUGGAAUGGCUUCCUUACAUCUCACUGCGCUUUCUUUGGAUAGUGGCACUAAUGUAGCCCGCUAGCUCUCAUUCUGCUUCACGCCAUAUUCUCUCCAUCUCCCCUGAUGAAAUAUGUACUUGUACCUUCCUCCACAGCCCUCCAUCUCCAAUCGAUAUCAAUUGCGAGCUUCAGCUUUGCACCCUCUGUG